UUCCGUAGCGAAUCAUUUACCAAACAAACCUCUUUCUCUUUCACUCUCUGCUCGAUCGUUCAUUCUGAAAGAAGAAGAAUCUCAAGUUUUAAGUAGAUGGGGAAGGACGCAAAAGCUGGUGGGAAGGGUAAAGGAAAGCAAGCUAGUGGUAGUGAUGAAGCACCCUCCAAGGGUAAAGGCAAAGCAGGAAAAGCCGCUGAUGGUCUUGGUACAUGCACUUAUGUUAAAGCAAGACACGUUUUGUGCGAGAAGCAAGGAAAGAUCAACGAGGCCUACAAAAAGUUGCAGGAUGGUUGGUUGAGCAACGGAGACAAGGUUCCUCCUGCUGAGUUUGCAAAGAUUGCAGCAGAGUACUCGGAGUGCCCAUCAGGGAAAAAAGGAGGAGAUCUUGGAUGGUUCCCUCGUGGAAAGAUGGCAGGUCCAUUCCAAGAUGUCGCCUUUAACACACCUGUUGGAGUCACCAGUGCACCCUUCAAAUCAACGCACGGAUACCACAUUAUCUUAUCAGAGGGAAGGAAGAACUGACAGAUCUAUGUGCUCUGCUACUCCUAUGGAAGUUGCUACUGUAACCUUAAAAAACACAGCCUUUGUUGUUUUGGCCAAAUUGUUAAAAAAAUCUGCUCUGUCGUUUUGAAAUAAUGAAUGUUCUAAAGGCUAUAAUAUAUGUCGGUGUUGAUUUCUAAAUAGUGAGACAUCAUCUCUAAUAUCAGCUCGUCGCUUGGUUCU